CCAAACCCUUUAAAAUCAUUGCUGCUCAGCAUCACAAGCGCAGCACUAAACCCAGCUGCCCAAACACCUCUACUUCAAAAGUUGUGCAAAUUACCAACAAAAUAAUCACCCCCCGCUCGUGUGAGCCGAUCCCCAGCACCAGCAGCUCUCCAAAUUUCCACUGAUCCCCUAGAAACGCAGGCAGGUGCAGGGAGUUGCUGUCCCUGCUGGCCCUGAAGCUGUGGGGCUGUGGGGCCGCGGCUCCUGGCGCCGGUCGUGUCGCAGUCUCUAAUCUCUGCUGUUGCAUGUCCUGGGCAGGCAAGCGUGGGCGACGCAGCAGUGCAGGAUCGCUAGACAGCAAUAUGGAAGGGUCCAUCAUUAGCAGUCCUCACAUGCGCCGAAGAGCUACAUCAACCCGAGAGUGUCCAUCUCGCCCUCACCAGACUAUGCCCAACUCCUCCUCACUCCUAGGGUCCCUGUUCGGUAGCAAGAGGGGCAAGCCCCCCUCGCAGAGCCACGCGGCCGCGCAGACCCCGCACCACGCGGAGGGCGCGGCCGCCGCGCCGCACCCGCACCACGCGCAGUUCUGCCACCAGAACCCGCCGCCCUACCACCACCACCACCACUACCACCCGCCCCCGCACCCGCACCCGCACCCGCACCAGUACCACCAGCACGGGCACGGCCACGGGCACGGCCCCUACCUGCCGCACGCCCCGCACCACGGCCCGCACCACGGCCCGCACCACCACGGGCCGCCCCCGCCGCCCGCCGCCGCCAGCACCAAGCCCAAACACAGCGGCAUCAGCACCAUAGUCUAGGCCUAAAGACCCUCCUCGUGACUCUAGUUCCAAACCCAGCUGCAAAGGCACUUAGAGGAAGCAACAAAAUCACACCGUCAGUUUUUACCCAGGCCAUUUAAUGAGCUUAAAGGCUUGCUGUUACUAAAUAAAAUAAUUCCAGUUAGCCCAGGCUAUACUGGUUUUACUUAUCUACUGGAUAGAUGUUCACCACCAUCUGGUUAGUUCUUAUUUCCAAACUUGCCUUGACAACGUGCUGCUUGCUGAAUCUGAGGAAAGCUACCUUUUACACCAAACCCCUGGACAAUUUUACACACAUAAUGAAAAGCUAGCCUAUGGAAAAAAAACAGGGAAAAAAGUCAGACAGAACCAAGUGUUGCAUUCUUGCUCUUUUACUCUCAAUGGGCAAAAAAAAUAAGUAGACCUGAUAUGGUUGAUGAAAGUACGUAAGUAAACUUUAUAUAAUAUAAAUAUAUACAUAUAAAUAUAAAUAUAAAUAUAAAUAUAUAUAUAUAUAUAUAUAUAUAUAUAUACUGUAUAGUUAACAUUUGUGCUUGGAAAGAAAUUUUUUCAGUCCACAAAACUAGCAAUAUAGACUUUACAAGGAAUUCCACUUACUUGAUAGGACAGUAUAAUAGAUGAAUAGCAUAUGAAAGUAGACCAAAACCAUUAAACGUUAGAAACCAAUUUCAAACAUUUCAGUAUUUUCAUCACAAGUCCCCUGGACUUGUUCAGAUUUCUAAGCAAUCAUUACUAAAUGUGCCAAGUAACAUAGCAUUUAAAUGUUAUAGUCCAAUACUGCUUUGUAUAAAUCCUUAUUUUAUUAACACGAUGAUAUCAUACGUAAUCAGUAUUAGAGCUGCUCUGCUAUUUCAGGUAAGCAAACUCGUUAAGAUGCAGUAAUUAUUCCGUAGCAAUGGAGGGUGCCCACCUACCAGGGGGCACCUCCGAGCAUUGGUCACACAAGUUCUUAGACACUUUAAAGGCUGUGAUAACUGUGAAUUUACAUGAUCCACAUUUCUUUUGUAAGCAUAUGGAUUGAACGAGCACAUGGGAAGAGUUCCGCCAGGUGCAUGUAAACACUGCAAAAACAUUCAUCUCAAACAUGAAAAUGGCAAACCUCCAUCCUUCUCAGCUACUUUGGUUCCUGUUUACCAUAAUUGCUCAUUUUUACCUCCAGCGAAGCUGAAUUCUAGUCCAGAGUGUUUCCAGUGGAAGUGCUCUAAAACUUGAAGGUUUGCUUUAGAAUUUAGUAUAGGGUUUUUUUAUAUAUUGUCAUAGUUUGACCUUGGCACAAUGCUAGGGCCCCCAUGAAGGGUAUAUUUUUAAAAUGGUGGCUGUGAGAUGUGACUCGGGAACAGAACAAAGCAGGCUCUCAUUCGGGGAUGGAGGGGAAAAAAACAUAACACUUUAUUUAUUACAAAUUUAGAAAGGAACACAUACUAAACUAAGAAUGAACACCUUCCAGAUACCUUCCUCCUCCCCCUCCCUUUUCUCCAGAGAUCCACCACCCCUCAAAUUAUCAACCUUCAAAUUCAUCAGGGAGAGAGGAGUCCCCCCUUGCCUCAUGGGCUUUUUCCGGAAGCACAAUUGAAACCUCCUGUGCUUCCGUGUCACCCAUGGCCCCACCCAAAGAACAUCGGCCCUCGUGACUUCUCCCCGCCAUGUCCAGUGCUCUCACCACUGGACACGGGCCAGGACUGCUUUUAGGGCUCCCCGUUUAAAGAUGCUCCACCCACUUCCAGAAGCAGCAGUCUCUCAACUCUUGGGACACCAGUCCCCCCCAAAUUUCACCCCCUGGGGCCGAGGGGCCUCAUGAACAGAGAUCUUCCUCUCCGUGGAGACAGAGGGCAUCUCACACCCCCUUCAGCCGUCUCUGUUCACGCCGCUGCUUCACUCUUGACUCCCGGGUGUUGCCUCCCCCUAAAUACAGUCUCUGGGUCACAGGGAAAAAACACGGGUCUGUCCAUGGCUAUACAAGAAAGAGUCCAGCCCAAGGCCACUCCAUCAUCUCUUUCACUCAGGAUUCUUCUCUCUUCCAGCUUUCCUCACGCUUGCCCAUCUCUCAUCUCUCUCUCACCUCAUCUUGAUUCAGGAGGAUUCAGUAUUUGUAAGGUUUCUAUUAGUCUACAAAGGGGUUAAAAUCUUCAACUCUGCCUGCCCAAGGACUCCCACAUCUGCCGGGCACCUUCUCUCGACGCAUCCCCCGCUUCUGGCCGGCUGAGUUGCCAGCACAAUUUCUGUCUCUCUCUCCGGGGGGGGGCUGCCCAGACAUCUCAAUUCUCAUCAACCCCUGCAUGUUUUCCUCCACCUCUGCACCUUUUGGGGCUCCCGGCCUCCUCCCUGUCAUGGCCUCCCCCUGCCCCACCCAGACGCAGCUGGGCAGGGGAGAGGUCGGACCUUACUCACCAACGCCGGAUUCCCAAAGAGGAAGUUCUCUGGGAAUCUCCUGCUUUUAACCCCCGUGUGUUCUCAGAGGCGUAUCCAGAUUCUCAGUGGCCAUAUCACAUGCCAAUUUUGAAUUUGGCCACUGAUUGGCCCGACUUAGACUUUUCCAAAAACACAUUUCCGGGCCAAACCACGACAUAUAUAUAUAUAUAUUAAAAAAAUUUCAAAAUCUGUAAUUCCAUGUAGCCAUGUGCUAGCAAUGAAGUGGCUUUACCAUUUUUACUCAUCACAUUUGUUAGUUUGAAACACCCAGCACUCAGCAGGCUGAGUUUAUGCUCAAACCUUCACUUCCAUAGUCCAGUUAGUUGCAAGACAUCACAUAAAAAUAGGCUGUGCUGUUGUUGCUUAUGUGUUGUAACCAAACAAUUUGCAAAUUUCUCUACAAUUUGUAUCCCGAAAUCCUGUACAAAGCUAUCCAUGGCACCUACUUUGUAGUUUCAGCACUUUGAGCCACUGCAAGGACUUAACACCUAAACAGUAGAGACAAAGGAAUCACAACUGCAAAACUGUACCAGCCUAAAAGCAAACCUUGAAGAGGAUGAGCAAAAAGUUCCAGUGAGAGAUGGGUAAAAGUAAUCACAGCUCCAACCAGUCGGGUUUCUGUGGAACAGAAAACAAACAGUAAUAAAAGCGUCCCAAAUCGGGAGGACAUGGGAGCAACAGAGUGACUUGUCCUGUUGGCUUGCUCAUGGCAUCUCUAGCGUGGGGAGGAUGGGAGAGGUUCAGUCAUUUUUUCCCUUUCAUACCAUGGAUACCACAAUACCAGCAGAACUGCAAACUGAGCACUUUGUUCACCUCCACAGAGAGCAAAUACAGCAAUCUAGAGUUUAGCCUUUUGUUUCCAGCAGUCCACGUUUGUUUCACACAUGUGCAAUAUGUUUUCCCCUUCUGCUCCUUCUCUUUAGAAUGAUCUCCAUGAAAAGAAAACAAGUGAUUAUUAUUCUUUUUCUGUGUCACUCAUUCUAUUCUAAAUUCUGCGGCUUACCUUAAGAGGGCUCACCUGGGUCCCCUGAGGCUCUGUUCCUUGCAGUUUAAAAAAUAUAUACUGUUCUUAUAAGGGAAAGUAGAACUGUCUGCAUGUCAUCUAAUGUUAUUAGUGUGAGGCUACACUCUACAUAUUGUAUAAUUGCAAAAUAUAUCAGUGUUACUGUUGAUAUUAGUUGAAGUAAAGUGAUAACAUGUUUCAAUAUGUAGACUUUUCUUCAUACAUCUGUACCAAUAGUAGAGUCUAACUGUAAUUUAUAGGUUGUUCCAGAAAAGAUGAAGAACCAUUUAGGUGCAAACAUCUCUGAGAAACUGCAUCUUUUAAUUAAAACAGAGGUAAGAAAGCUCCUCUUCACUGGGUGAUGGAGUCUGUACUUGUUUCAGAUGCAGAGGCAUAAUGGAAGUAAAAUUCUGUAGAUGGAAUAAAGGCAGAAUAUGCAGUAGCAGUGGAGAGGAAAAUCUGACUCACUGUGUUGAUUAACGCUGAAGGUGUUAAAUCUCCCAGAUCUGCAUUUGCUUUGUGUUUAAAAAACCCUUUCAUUCAUUUAAAUUAGAGUUACAUAUAUUCUGUGCUUAAACAGUGAGCCACAGUUUAAUGCCUGCCCACUGAUUUUCCAUGUGCAGUCAAUGCAUUUGUGAACCAAAGUGUUGAGGAGAUGUCACAAACGUGCAUGCACAGAAACAUUUCCACAUGGUUCCAUGGACACUGGGGAGGAGAAUGUGCCUGCCCUGGGCCUGCAGGGAGUGUGAAAUCACAGAUCACUUGGAGGCUGGUUAGAAACCAAAACUGGUAACCUGAGAGCACGGGAUUUGGAAACUCUGUUCUUGCUCUUUCAAGCCAAGGAGGAGAAACAGUGGACUUUACUUUUUUUUUUUCCCUAGUUUUGUUCUGUUUUGUUUCUUAGACUAUGUGUUUCUAUGUACUCCAACCAAACAAAAGUGUCUUGGUGUCAGCACAAGUCUCCAGACCUUUGCUGCUUGUAUAGGGUCAUAGUAAAACCUCUCUGACUCCAUCCUUGAUCAACAGUUGCUUAGAGCAGUGUGGGUCGUGCCUAGAAUAGGAGAAUUCCAGCACUUAACACUGCCUGGGGUUAAGAAAAUGAAUUAAAAUGAAUUCUUCAGCCUGCAGACAGGAGUAGAAUGGAGAGGGUUUUUUAUCAGAUACCAUUGCCAAUUACAAACUGGUACAGAACUGCAUAGACUGACCGUGAUUCUCUCUUCCCAUAAACGAUGUGGCAAAGCAGUAAUGCUGAUUUGGACAAAUGAAAGGGAAACGUAAAGAAUGAAGGUGUGGCAACAACAAAAAAAAUCUUUUCUGGGACAACAAUCAAAUAUAUAUUUGGGGUUUUUAUUUUUUUAAGUUAAGAAUGAAAUGUAAAACAAUGUAAAGAAACAAAAAAUCAAAGUUCAUCCUAAUAUAAUGUGCGCCUUGUAUUGCUAAAAAAAAGAGUCUAACAUACAGUGUAGAAUGAUUUUCCCAUCAUGUACUGCAUGCAGCAGAAGCCUCUUGUUUCUUGAUAAAAUGAGCUGAAAGACAGUCAGCAGAUAUUUAAACACUGAAUCUCUAGAUGUUGACUUGCUGUUCCAUAUGAAGCUGUGUGUUUUCUGCAGUUAAGCAUGCAUUUUGCUGUUCCCUUGUAAAAUACCAUCGCACUUCUUGACUGAAAAAUGGAUUCUCGUGUAUAUAUUUCAAAGAAAAGUGGAACCAAUAACAAGAUUCAAUUUGGAAAAGAGAAAAGGGGGUGGUGAAAAUGGGACCAGUAGGGGGAAUAGAGAAUUAUCUAAAUUGUACAUAGUGUGUAAAUUAGCAUUACUAUAAGUCUGCAGUCACUUUGAGGUUGCCUAUCUCCUGCUAGGAACUUAAAUCAGCUUUGAGUUGUAUUAAACUGUUAGAAUUAGGUCUUGAAUGCAGACUCUUAAAGACUUCAAAAAUCAUUAUGCUUACAAGAAGCUUCUGUUCUGGGGAGGCUCGAGACCCCUUUUGUAACUCUGGGGAAGAAAGGAGUGCUUUCAUUUUAAUAUGCAUUCUGUUUGUAAGUAGUAACAGACCCUAUUGAUGUAAAACUAUAACUGUGAUCAUGUGGAGAAAUCAAAUAAAUCAUUUAAAACUC